AACGUCGGACCGGAAGUGUGUGUCCGUUUAUGAGCGGCAGCUUCCGGUGGUCGGUGCGGUUGGUCCGUUACACGGUGUUUAACGGCUGAGCACGCGCAGCCUCUACGGAUGGAGGAACCGUGACGUGUUUACCGGAGAGGACCGGAAGAGGAGACUGUUCCCCCCCCCCCCGCCCGGUGAUGGAGGGGGCGGAGUCCAGCAGGUAUGUGGCCCAGCUGAAGGCGGAGUUUGACAGCUGUGACUCAACGUGUUCUGGUUUCCUGGACCGGCUGGAGCUGACGGAGCUCUGCAGGAAGCUGCAGCUGGACGCUCACCUGCCGCUGCUGCUGGACACGCUGCUGGGAGGACGCUCCUACGCCCGGGUGAACUUUGAGGAGUUUAAGGACGGCUUCGUGGCCGUUCUCUCUCGUUCUCUGGACUUCAGCACGUCAGAGGACGACAGCAGCUACCUGCAGCCAGUGGUGCCGGAGGAGGUGAAGCCAAAGUUUGUGAAGGGAACGAAGCGUUAUGGCCGCCGCUCUCGUCCCGACAGCCAAUCAGACGCUGCGCUGACCUGUGACUCUGAGGAUUCGCCGCCGUCUCGAACCGAGGCGUCUGAUUCGUCCCCGGCCGGCGUCCGCAGGGCCAAACUGAGACGGUCCACGUCUCUGGAGAGCGUCGAGAGCCUGAAGUCUGACGAAGAGGCAGGAAGUCCCAAGAGCAUCCCGCCAGACUGUCAGAGUAAAGGAGGUCAGGAGGAGGAGGAGGAGCAGCAGGGAGGAAGAGGAGGGGCAGUAGGAGGAGCAAGAGGAGGAGGAGGAGCCUUCGAGCCCGGCCUGCAGGAGCUGGACGUGCUGGACAACAGAGUCAGCCUCAGAGACUUCCAGAAAGUUCUGUGUGGCUCCGCCCCCGUCUCCUGCUCCACCCCCGUUAGAGGCGCCGACCUGCAGAGGGCGCCACCGCACACGCGCAGACACUCCGACCUGCAGAGGGCGCCACCGCACACGCUAAGACACUCCGACCUGCAGAGGGCGCCACCGCACACGCGCAGACACUCCGACCUGCAGAGGGCGCCACCGCACACGCUCAGACACUCCGACCUGCAGAGGGCGCCACACACGGCUCAGGUGCUGUUAGAGGAGCGCUCGGUCCGCUCCACCUCUCCCUCCCUGCUGACGGCCACCGUGGGGCAGAAGGUUCUCAGCCGGCUGGACGACGGAUCAGGAUGUACGAGUCCCGACAGAGUCAUCGGCCUCUGGACCGAGGAGGGGAUCCGCAACAGCCGGGACAUCCUGCAGACUCUGGACUUCUCUCUGGAGGAGCGUCUCAGUCUGGCAGAUCUCACUCUGGCUCUGGACAACGAGCUGCUGGUCAGUGGAAACGGCAUCCAGCAGGCGGCGCUGAUCUCCUACAAGAACGAGCUCCAGCACCUGCAGGUGGCAGCAGAGCAGGCCUGCAGGGAGAGGGAUAAGGUGAAGUCAGAUCUGGAUCUGGCCGACCAGAGAAACCUGCAGCUGGUCCGAGAGGUGGACGACCGGCACGCCAGCAUGGAAACCCUGAACCAGAGCAGGAUCAGGGACCUGGAGCAGGACUUCCGUGAUAGGCUGACGGCUCUGCGCAGUCAGUCUGAGCAGGAGAGCGAGGCGCUGCUGCAGCAGGUGGAGAGAGAGCGCAGCACCCUGCAGGAGGAGCUGCAGCUGCUCAGAGUGCAGGAGGCGCAGCUACAGGAGGAGCUCUGCAGCGCCGCACAGGAUAACGGUCGUCUGGAGGAUGAACUCAGUGCUGUGAAGCUCAAACUGGCUGAAGCUCAGAGUUCAGUGACCAGACUGCAGAGAGACCUGGACCAGCUGCUGCAGGACAAGUUUGGCAGCUUGGAUCCGGCCGGCGCUGGUCUGAGUCACGAGGAGCGAUUCACAGAACUGAUCAGAGAGUACGAGCUGCGCUGCCGGGAGCUGCGGGACAGAAACGAUGAGCUGAGCUCAGAGUUGGAGCUGCUGAAGAGUCAGAAGAGCGACAAGAAGACCCGACGCUCCGACACGCUGAGCUGGAAACAACAACAACAACAACACUGUGAUAACACCGAGUCUGACUCUGACGACUCAGACAUGCAGCGCAGCUCGUCUCCUCGGGUCAGGAAGAAGCUGCAGCCGGCUGAUAAAACAGCUCUAUCCUCAUUGGACGGUGUCUCUGGUCCGUCAGUCAGUAUCCAGACUGAACUGGCUCUGGAGCAGCUGAAGCAGAAACACAAGCAGGAGCUGCAGCAGCUGCACAUCCAGCUGGAGACUCAGGUGAACUACUACGAGCGCAGUCAGGAGCUGAUGAAGCAGAGCAUGGAGGUGGAACGCAAAGACAUCUGUUCGGCCUUCAAGCUGGAGAUCAGUGAGCUGGAGGAGCAGAAAGCUGCAGCCGAGCAGCAGGUGAAGCAGCUGAAGGAGGUGAUGGAGAAACUGCAGACUCAGAUCCAACAUGGAGGAGGAGGAGGAGGAAGGUGGAGCUCUGAGCAGGAGCGCCGCAUGCAACGGGAGCGCGCCGAGCUGGAGCAGAACUUUGCCCGAGAGCUCAGUAACCUGGUGCAGAGGCUGAGCAGCGAGAAGGAUCAGCUGGAGGCUGAGCUCAGGCUGCAGAUGGACCAGGAGCUGCUGCUGGUCAGGGAGGAGGCGCAGGAGGAGGCGCAGCAGCAGCUCUCUCACAUGAAGCUGCAGCACGCCGACGCUCAGCAGCGCCUCCUGCAGGAGCUGCAGGAGCAGAGAGCAUUCUGGGAGAACCGGCUCGUCCAAUCAGAGCAGGAGAAGCUCCAGAGGGAGGAGCAGACCCGGAUCUGCUCCGAGUUCUCCACAGAGAGGAGGAGGAGGAAGGAGGAGCAGCAGGAACUCAUACACACCUCCUCCCUCAGCAUCAGCCAAUCAGAAGCCUCCUACCUGAUCCCAGAGAGGAGCUGUGUAGAGGAGCAGCUGCAGGAGGAGGAGCAGCAGGAGGAGCAGCAGCAGCAGGAGCAGCUGCAGGAAGAGCAGCAGCAGGAGGCCAAAGACCAGACCAUCAGUGCGCUGCGAUGUGAGCUGGAGGUCCUGCAGGAGGCCACGAGGAGUAAGGAGGGGCGCGUCUCCAGACUCACUGCUGAGCUGGACUCCAUGAGAACGGACCGGGCCCGACUGAUCCAGGACCUGAAGGAGCAGGCCAUGGCUGUGGAUCACCUGCGGCUGGAGCUGGACUCCGUCUCAGAGGAGCUGAGCAGGAGGAGGAGCGCCGAGGAGAGUCUGCAGGAGGUUCUGAGGCAGGAGCAGACCAGGACCCGGCAGCUCCGGUCCGGUCUGCAGGAGGAGAGGGAGGAGGUGGUCCGCCUGAGCCAGGAGGUGCAGAGCUACACCCGUCUGGUCAACCAGCUCUCCACUCAGAUCGUAGAGAUGGAGGAGGAGAUCACCUCCCUCAGAGAUCACCUCCGAGACCUCAGCGCUCAGCUCAACGACACCGCGGACCUGGUUCUGGACCUGCGCACACAGCUCAACUCCAGGAGCGGCGAGGCGAACCGGCUCCGAGACGCCGGCGAGGUCCGGCUGCUGCAGCGAGCCCUGCAGGACUCCAGGGACCAGCUGAGGAGCACGGAGGAGGACUUUGAGCGGGAGAAGAGGAGGAUGACGCAGCAGCUGCUGGAGCUGGAGACGCUGGUUCUGGAUCUGGAGGAGGUGAUGGACCCGUCCAGUCCUCACAGGACUCAGCUGGAGGAGGUGCGCUCAGACAACGGGGCUCUCCAGGAGCGGCUGACCGUGCUGCAGCAGGAAGUCACCAGCCUGGAGGACGACGUCGCCAGGAAGAGGAGGAAACUGGAGGACAUGGAGCAAGACCACAAGAGGAGCAGAGAAGAAGAAGAGAGGCUGCACAAAGAGAACUGCAGGUACCGGGAGGAGGUUCUGGAUCUGAGCAGCAGGAACCUGCAGCUGAGCAACGACAACGCCGAGCUGAGCGCCCGUCUCCAUGGAGACCAGGAGUCGGUCCGGGUGCUGCAGGAGCGCCUGGCGACGGUUACCAAGGAGCAGGAGGAGGAGGGAGCCACGGUGCGGCGGCUGCAAGAUGAGGCGCUGCAGCAGCAGGCGGCGUGGACGCAGCAGCAGGCGGCGUGGUCGCAGCAGACACAGCAGCUGGAGAGAGAGCUGAGCUGCUGCAGGGAGAAGCUGGCUCGUCUGUGUGAGCUGGAGGAGGAACUCAGCAGUGUGACUCUGAAGCAUCAGAGGUUAGAAGAGAACGAGAACCAACUGCUGAGAGACGAAGACGCCCAAAACGCCAAGGUGGAACAGUUGCAGCAGGCGGUUCUCUCUCUGCAGACGGAGGCGGAGCUUCUUCGCUCUCAGCUGCUCGCCGUUACUCAGGAGAAAGUCGGCCACGCACAGGAAGUGACCGACGUCCACAGGAAGCUGCAGGACGCCCAGAACAAGGUGGAGCAGUUGGAGGUCAGCAUCAGAAGGUUGAUGAAGGAGAAGGAGGAGCUCCAGCAGGUGAGGGAGCAGCAGGAGCAGCAGGAGCAGCAGGCCUCCGUCACUCAGCAGGAGGAAACCCACAAACUGAUAGUCCAGAACCAGGAGCUGCAACACAAGUUGGCGGAGCUGCAGGUCCAGAGUCUGGAGACCCAGAAGCUGAUCCAGGAGCAGCAGAAGCUGAAGACCAAACGGAACCAGCUGGAAACGGCAAGAGCACAGGACCAGGUGCAGCAGCUGCAGGAGCUGCAGACUCGGCUGCAGAAGGAGCAGAGGAGGAGUCAGCAGCUGGAGGAGGCGCUGAGGCUGCAGGCCCAACAGAGCUGCUCCCAGAUCAGCAUCAAGCAGGGUCAGUACGAGAAGGCGGUGGCGGCUCUGCAGCAGAGGAUGGACGAGCUGGAGGCCAAACUGAAGGCGGUUCGGGUGGUGCUGCAGGAGAAGGUGGAGCAGCUGAAAGAGCAGAUGGUGAAGAACAGGAAGUUGAGCAUGCAGCUGCAGGAAGUGUACGUUGAGACGGGUCAGCUGAUGAAGGCGCUGCAGGUCACCGAGCAGCGCCAGAAACAUGCAGAGAAGAAGAACUUCCUGCUGGAGGAGAAGAUGACCGCGCUGAACAACGUGCUGCGAGACGUCGUCCAGGCGGCGCUCGCUACCUAGGACCCCCCCCCCCCCCGAGACACCUGGUGGAGCUUCAGAAACAAAUUCAGCAGCGACUUCCUGUGAAGAAGGAAAUGAAAGUUACACCUGCAGCAUCGAUGACAUCACAGCUGCUUUGGAGCCAAUCACAGCCCAGUAUUCAGCUCCCAGCAGAGCUUCAUGUUGAAUCAGCUGAUCAUCGGCCAAUCAGAUCAGUUUAUAAUAGUAGAUGCUGAGUUUUUUUUUUUUUUUACAUUGAAACGUGUUGAAGUCACUUUUUAAUUAUGACUGUUUAUUAUGAAGCUGGAAAGAAGUUUUUAUUUACUGUUAAUACUUUUAUCAAUCAUGUAUCUGAUCACUUGUCACCAUCCUCAGCUGUAAAGUCUGUUAAACUGCUUCUGUGAC